GUCGUGCGGCAUCCGGUUUCCGCAGGGAAGGCUUAGGCGGCCGUCCCAGCUUCCUGUUCCGAUCCCGUUCUUCGGUUUGCCAGGCCGUGGUCGCUAUGGAGGAGCCCGAGAUGCAGCUGAAGGGGAAGAAAGUCACGGACAAGUUCACUGAAAGCGUCUACGUCCUGGCCAACGAGCCGUCCGUGGCCCUGUACCGGCUGCAGGAGCACGUGCGCCGCUCCCUCCCCGAGCUGGCCCAGCACAAGGCAGAUAUGCAGCGUUGGGAGGAGCAGAGCCAGGGAGCCAUCUACACCGUGGAGUACGCCUGCAGCGCCGUGAAGAACCUGGUGGACAGCAGCGUCUACUUCCGCAGCGUGGAGGGUCUGCUCAAACAGGCCAUCAGCAUCCGGGACCAUAUGAAUGCCAGUGCCCAGGGCCACAGCCCCGAGGAACCACCCCCGCCCUCCUCAACCUGAUCCUGGAAGACACUUGGGGCCCCUUAGGCUCCCCCGACCCAGGGCAUACUGGGGGGCCUCUGUGCCACUACCCUGCCUCUCCACCGUUCCACUCUGCUGAGGAGUUGGAGGAGCCCAGAACCACCCCAUCCGGGGCCCUGAUUAGCACGUGGCCUCCAGAGUCCUUUGCCCUUCUUACCUGCUCUGAAGAUACCUCUCAAUGUCCAUCUGUUCUCCAUGCGACCAUUUAUCCAGCAAACGCUGACUGGUAUUUGUGAGCCAGACAGGCCAGCCCUGUCUUGCUCAGACCUGCAGGAGAAACUGGCAGCAGAACGGGAUUGUCACCUCCCUCCCAGCACCUGUGAGGACAACUGGGGCUGGGGGGUGAGGGAGGCAGGCAUCGGGGACCCCAGACCCUUCUAGAACUCUGAGUCACUCAUAGCCCCCCUGGGUGCGACCUCAACCAGUGACUGACAGUUUUGUCUCUCUGUUGCCAGGCUGGAGUGCAGUGGCAUGAUCUUGGCUCACUCACCUCUGCUGCUGGG